AUGUUGUGGGCGAAUAACGGCAAGAGCCGCCACGAAAGGGUCGUCGUCAAGGGUGUCGGCUUGAACGUGGGCAUAUAUCAAAAGCUUAGUCGCUUUGGGUGGCCAGUGAAUGUAGCCGCGGCGGCCGGCCCCGGCUCCAAGCAGGAAAACAUCUACAUCCCGUCAUUCAUCAGCAAGCGGCCCUUUUACGCUGGCGAGGAAGGGGACCCAACCGACUACCUCGAGCAUCAGCGCCUGCAGAAAAAGACGAUUCGGACGACUCCAAGUGGUGCCUGCGAGAACUGUGGCGCCAUGACACACAAAGCCAAGGACUGCUUGAGCCGGCCGCGGGCCAAGGGCGCAAAGUGGACCGGCAAGGACAUUGAGGCCGACGAGGUUGUGCAGGACAUCAAUAUGGGUUGGGACGCGAAGCGAGACCGGUGGAACGGCUUCGAUGCGAGAGACUACCGCGCCGUGGUUGAGGAGUACAACGAGAUGGACGAGCUGAGGAAACGCGCCCAGCAAACAGACAAGGACGCUGACGGCGGCGACGCAUACGCCGAGGAACUCGACCCCACGAAGCACCAGAGCACCGCGACGCGCCAGCUUAGGAUACGCGAAGACACAGCCAAGUACCUGCUCAACCUCGACGUUAACUCGGCCACCUAUAACCCCAAGACCCGCGCCCUCGUCAACGCCGGCGAGGUCGAGGACGACAAGGCCGCCUCCGUCUUCGCGGAAGAGGGCUUCCUAAAGGCCUCGGGUGACGCUGCCGAGUUUGAGCAGGCUCAACGCUAUGCCUGGGAGGCUCAGGAGGCGUCGGGAGAUACCGGUAUGCACUUGCAGGCCAACCCCACUGCUGGGGCUUUUUACCGCAAGAAGGAGCAGGAGGCCGCCGACAAGGUGCGAGCGGAGCGCCAAAGGCUCUGCUGGAUCGGUACGGCGCCGACGGCGCUGACGGCAGCCGCUGUGACCGAGUCGGAGCAGUUUGUCGAGUACGACGAGUCGGGCGCCAUCAAGGGCGCGCCCAAGGCCGCAGCCAAAUCCAAGUACGCAGAGGACAUCUACCCGGGCAAUCACACUUCUGUCUGGGGUAGCUGGUGGAACGACUCGAGGUGGGGUUUUGCCUGCUGCCGCUCCUUCAUCAAGAACUCGUACUGCACGGGUGAGGCUGGUGUGCAGGCCUGGGAGGUGUCCGAGAGGCAACGUACCGGCGUAGGGUUGAUGCUUACGGAGAAUGGGGAGGAGGAAUGGGAGGAGGGCACAUCGGAGGAGGCGGGUCGGGAAACCCUGCUUGAGGCCAAGGCAAAGGACAGGCAGUCGAGGAAACGACCGGCAGUGGAAAUGACGGAUGGACUCACGGAACUGGAACUGGAUGAAUACAGGAAAAAGAGGACGGCGGCAGACGACCCUAUGGCGAAACUCCUCGGCAAGGACGAACUACUUUGA